AUGAUGGCAGAUUCUUCGAUCUCACGUCCUCACAUAACGAUUAGUCUGCAUGCCGUUCAAGACGAACUCAACCUUUCAGGAAAGCAAGCCUUCGACUUCCAGAUCACGGCAACACUCCAUGCGGGCAAGGCGCUUGUAAUUUACAUCUCAGACACGCUCCUCCCGCCAGACGUCGCACUACGGGAAGGAGGUAUCGAGCUAAUUCCAGAGGGAGAAGAUGAACCUUUGCUUCAAAGUGUUCUUCAUAUAUCCACGCUCGGCGGAUCCAGGCGAGGAUGGAACGCCGAGAACUUCACUGUGCUGGAGCCUGGAGUGCCCAAGUCUUUCCAAGCUCCAUUCGGUGCACUCCGACCGCUUGAAAGUGACCAAUUUGACGUCCGCUUCUGGAUCUCGACUGCUGGAUUGGAAACCGGCAAGACUUACGAGGCUCGAUUACCUUCGGCGACGAGAGUCACCUGGUGGCGGGUGGCGACAGCUGCAGAAGUCGACAGCGGAGCCAUCGGUCCACCUGGUAGCUUGACCAAAAUGACUUCGGCGGCCGCACGAUGGUGGAACAACUCUCGCUUCGAUGAAGGUGUUCCUGUUCUGCCGGAAGUAGAACACCUACCGCUCUCAGUAAGUGGGAACGGUGUCCGGUUUACCUGUAUUGGAACUCCUGCACAUCCUCCAAAGAACAGCUGAGAGGACCAGAUUGCUUUCGAGGUUGGUCGGGGAAACCCUCAUGCUGGAUGCACAGAUGUUAAAAUGAUGUUCAUUAGUCCAUAGCUACGAUAUAAUACUCAAGGCGUCAUGUCAAAACCUUCAGGAAUCGUGAAGAAACGAGGACGCCAAUCACUUGAGCAGCUCAGCAUGAGCUGACACAGUGGUGCCACGGCGCUGCCGGGCCGAGGAAUUGUUGCGAACACGGAUGCUACG